AUGCGAUCCGAAACGGUGCAGCGGCCACAGGCUGGUCAAAUACAAAAAAUAGAGUCGAUCCCUCUUAGGAGGCAUUUCAACGGGAUUAUCCUGUCUCCAAGCGGGCCGCAGGCCGUGUCGCUGGCCGACAGGGAGCACAUUGAGCGGUUCGGGAUUGGCCUGAUCGACUGCUCGUGGAACAAGAUAGAGGAGUUCGACUUCAGCAAGCUGCCAAAGCGCAACAAUAGGCUGCUGCCGUGGCUUGUCGCAGCAAACACAAUCAAUUACGGGCGUCCGUGGCGGCUGAACUGUGUGGAGGCGCUUUCUGCCACCCUCUAUAUCAUAGGGGAGAAGGAAGAGGCCAGGGUGGUCUUCGACGGCUUCAGCUACGGAGAGGAGUUUCUCCGCCUCAACGGCGAGGUUCUGGAGCUCUACAGCCAGUGCAAAGACGGGAAGGAGGUUGUGAAGGUGCAAAAUGCCUACCUUGCGGAGUACCUGUGA